AUGUCAUCAAGUUUUAAUUUUGAAGCUUUCAAUCUUCUUGAAGACAAUGAAUGGGAUGAAAAAAUUGUUAAACAAAAUCAGCAAUUCGAUCAACUAAUCGAGGAUAUAGCUAUUUGGCCAACAACCUUGCCUUCACCACUUGCAACCCAGACGGCUAGAGCUAAAAGGAGAUACAUUGAAAGGAAACGCGAAGAGGGUCAUGAUACUAUUUUCGAGCAGUACUUUGCUGAAGAUCCAAUCUAUCCUCCAGAUUUUUUUCGAACAAGGUAUCGCAUGCGAAAACCAUUGUUCGAAAAAAAAAUGAAUAAGCUCAUCGACACCGACAACUUUUUUGUGCAAAAGCGUGAUGCUACUGGUCGACUUGGUAUGUCUGCAAUUCAGAAAUGUACAACAGCGAUGAGGAUGUUGGCCUACGGGGCAGCGGCCGACUUGCACGACGAAUAUUUGAGAAUGAGCGCACAACUCAUUCGCAAAUCUCUCAUCAAGUUCGUUGAAGGUGUAAUUUCUAACUUCGGCGAUGAGUACUUGCGAAAGCCCAACGAAGAAGACUUGGCAAGACUUCUGCAUAUUGGAGAACAACGUGGGUUUCCAGGUUCGAGAAAUGAUAUUAACGUGCUUGAUCAAUCUCCUGUUUUUGAUGAUAUUUUGGAAGGUCGAGCACCGAAGGUCAAUUACAUAGUAAAUGGCCACGAAAAAAAUAUAGGAUAUUAUCUCACUGAUGGCAUAUAUCCUCAAUGGGCGGCAUUUAUCAAAUCUAUCCCAGGUCCAUAA